AUGAUCGGUGCAGCUCAAUGGCCUCAACACCAAGGCGCCAUCCAAGCAUUUGCUCCCAAUCCCCGAAUGAAUUAUCAACAAGAUUCGCGGCGACGGAAGGAACGUCCCACAAAUUCUGGGUCGAAACUGUUAACACGGCCCGAAAAUGAACUGAUGUUCGAAGUCCUCGGUCCUGAUCGUGUGUCACUUGCAGCUGGAGUCAUCCAACUUUUGAAAAGUGUGAGGGACCAAUGGCAACAUCAGCAUGUGGGAGUGGUCUCGCUGAUCAAGGAUUAUCAACGGAAACUGUACAGCCUGGCAUUAUUCGACAUUUACAAUGGAAAUCAGCUCUGGGAACAAGUAUUGUAAGCAAGUUUUGAAUGGUCUUAUAUUGUCCAUGACAUCAACUUCAAUCCUUGAAUUGUAGAUAUCGAGGAUUUCGAGCCAAAACUUAUCAACAAUGUCCGAAAUUCCUGACGUUCGAAGGAGACGGGAGUGUUUUCGGCUUGAAUUUCUCGGACGACGAAGAAGCACAUGGCUUUAAGAUUCAUCUGGAGAAGCGAUAUGAACAAGAACAAAAAGGCAGUAAGUCCGAUGUGUUUGUUUUUGAGAGUAAAUAG